GUUCGCUGCGAUUGCUUCUGAUCUACUUCAAUGCAACGACUCGGUGAAAAAUUGCAGGAGCUAUUCAAAUUGAGAUUAUGUGCGCAAAACAAAGCAUUCGCCGAUGUACGACAAAUCAAAGAAAAGCUGGAGUCAACGGCUCAAGAUUACGAAAACCACAGAGAGCAACAACACAAUAUCGACUACAGCAAGUAAUUGCACUGAGUCCAGUGCAACGGUGACAUCCACAAAACAGAUACACAACACCGUCGCAGCUGCUGUAGCAACAACAAGACAAACAACAGUAAAUACAAAACGAACGCAAGAUUCCGCAUAUAAAGCAAAUAAUUUUUGCCGCAGCCAAGCCCAGCAUUAUAACACAGUUGCAGCAAUGCAUUUACCAACACUGCAACUAAGCGAUUAUCAUAUUGGCAAUGGCGGUGGCGGUGGUGGUGGUGGUGGCAAUGGCAAUGGCGGCUAUGAGUAUUUGCCAAGUGCCCUUUCACGUUCCAUGAAAUACGCAGAGCCAUGGAUCUAUGGCACCGUACGUGGCAUACCCGCGCGCCCCUCAUACCAUCACUUUAUGCCACAGGCCCCAUCAUCGCCGGGCAAUUAUAUGCAACCGCUGGCGGUGGUUAUAUGUUCGUGUCCCGAAUAUCUAAAUGGCGCAAAACGCGACGUAAAGAAGGCGAGCGUGUGUAAAAAGUGCAAAGGGUCACGCUUGCCCUUAACGCCCAUUGGCGGUACUAUGCGCUUGCCAACCGGCGGUAUGUUGGCCAUGUCCAAAUUGCGCAGCAGCGGCUCCGCGACCGUACGCGUGGUUAGCACUUCGAAAAAGGCGCGUCCCACUAUACUCGAUCCGCAAAAGGAUCCAUAUGAUUUAAUGCGACGUACGCGACUGCUAUCGCCCGAGCCGGGUGUCGCCGGUGGCGGCAGCAUAAGUAGCAGCCGUGAUACGGGCAACAAUACUCGAGAAAAGGAUAAAUCGCGUGGACGUGGCAAAAGUGAAAGUCCAGUACGCGGACGUAGUCGUAAACGUGGUCAAUUUCCUACACCGAGCAAAAAGCAGAAUAGUGGAAGGGAAGGGGCAGUGGUGGAAGAACCCGACUGUUGGCUGGUAGAGAGCAGUGAUACGUUGCUAAAUGCAACCGGCGCCAUUACAAGCUCAAUCGGCGGCGAGGGAAACGCCACACGUCGCUCCAUACUACGCUGCAAUGUAAAUCCUUAUGACCUGAUCUCACUCAACCAAGCCUCUUCUAAUCUGAAUGGCGGAGCUGCUGCUACUCCAUCAACAAUACGCAAUAAACUGUCUACUCCAACCUCCAACAAUUCCUCCUCCUCAAGCUCUCAGAAUGAGUUUAUGCCACCAAAUGAUGACUUUAAUGUAGCUGAUGCGGCGCUCACGGAAGAAGCACCACCCUUUGCCUUCAACAUACCAGUCGGCAGCACACGCAUGAACGCCACCAGCAAUAAUGAAGCAGCGCAAUCGAUAAAAGCCUCCAACACAAAGGCAGAAAAUAAAGCAACGGUGUUGCGACGUGAGAAUCGCACAGCUGGCACUUCAAAUGCUAAUGUAAAUAUUAGUGAAGAAGAUGCCAGUAGCUCGCAUGAUGAGGAAAUACUUGGCAAACGUAGCUAUGGCAAUGUGCAAGCAAUAGCUGGGCAGCGUAUUAGCUUGGGUGGCAGCAAAUCGUCGACUAAAUCAUUAAUCAAACAAAACGAGGAUGGACGCAGCUACGAGAGCAUCAUAGUUGCGGAAACGACGAAAAAAUCAGCAAGCAGCAAUAGUAAGCAAGUAAAACACCUCGAUUCUGCAUCUGUGUCACUUUCAUCACAGCCAAAGCGACCAAUGCGUAUACGAAAGUCUGAUUCGAGUGAAAGUGUUGAAAGUGAAGCAGAACACACUUUGUCCAAUAGUGCUGGCAGUAAAUCUGCACCAACUGCGCUAGAUGGUGAACGAAUGAUGCUAUUAACGGCCACGCCCACGCAGCACAUCAAAUCCAUUCUCAAACGUCCAACAUCCACAACAGCCGAGAGUGCUGCGGCAAUAGUUAGUGCUAAAGAUCAGCAAACGGGAUUGACGGGUAGCGCCGGCACAGAUGGUGCUAAAGUAAUGACACCUUCUAAUCAACGGCGCAUAAAUUUAAUGCACAUGGACACCACAAUCUCGCCCACACCAACUGCCAAAUCGCAAUUUUACAUUCCACUUCCACAGGCAAGGAAAAAGGUUCAAUUUCGCGUUGAGGAACGCAUCGUACAUGCGCUCGAAAGUGAUACGACGAGUAGUGAUGAGGCCAAUGAAGCGGCAGAAAUGCAAGAGCACUUCUUUGAUGAAGAAGAUUGCAUCGCUACGGACGAUGUCAACCUGCAGGCACCCAAAUCGGCAACCAAUUACGAGUAUUACAAUCGAAAACGCGAACAACAGCGCCUAGAAAAUGCAUUCGAAACCGCAACAGCUGAGUCAAAACCAAACGCAAAAACACAUCCCAUCGGCCCAUCGACGCAUUUGUCACUGGCACUGCCGACACAGGAUGCCUUGUUGGCGGAAUUGCAGAAAUAUUCCGAUUUUGUGUCGCAGGUGAUUGCUCAAGCAAGCAGCAGCAGCAACAGCAACAGCAACAAAAAAUUCGUCAACGAUUAUGAUGGUUAUAAUUUUGAUGGUGCAGCCGUUGAAAUGCGUACAGAAGGUGGAAAUGCAACAAAUUCUUUAUAUUACGAGGAUAUAAGUCCCAUAACUAUUGGCGAGAGCAGCAACAACAAUGGCAGCACAAAUAGUGCGAGCAGCAGCUUAAGCAGUAAUAAAAUCAACACUUGCAGCAGCCAGCAGCAACAUUGUGGCAACGGCGACGACAACGACAACGACGACGACGACGACGGCAAAAUUAUGUCACUUGGCGCUGCGCAAAUGUUGCUUACUCCACAAAAUUCCAAAAGAUCGACACAUUCAUCAACAAUAAUAAAGGCGGCAAUGGCGGUGACGUCAUCAUCGACAUCAUUACUGCCAACAAUAGCCACUAACGUUCAAUCACUUGCCACCACCACCACAACCACAACGGAAGCAGCUGGGUCCAUGUCACAUGUCAUUCGCUGCAACAAGAACGAUGAUUAUGAUGAUGACGAUGAUGGGCAAUCAGACGCCAUCAAGAAGAACAACGAGAACACCAACAUAAACAAAGACAGCAGCAAUACCGUCGACAUGGAGAGCAGCGACGAGGAUGUAUACGAGGAUGCGAACGACGAUAACAGCUAUACCACCACGUUAGACCACUCAGUAGCUUUUAAUACAAACGCUGUCCCUCCUUCUGAUGAUUCUCUGAAAGCGAAACUCGGCAAUGCAGACCUUUUUGCUGUUGAGCAGGACUCCAGAGCUGUAAAGCACAACAAUAGCAAGAAAAAUUCAAAUAAAGUUGAGCAGCCGCAAGCGACACAAUCGCGAAAUCCCAUCAGACGUUCACAAAGUGAGCGCUACCCACGCACAACAAUAACACCAACAAUACGCAAUAAAAACAACGAUCCCGACAGUGAAUACAACAACGGUCAUCAACUAGAAAACCACACAACAAAUGGUGGCCCGCGUUUUGCGGCAGACUCUUGUGCCGGAAAUGGGGAGCACAGAAAACGCAACAAUAACAACAGCAACAACAAUAGCAAAAACAAAAGCGAAACUCACCGCGAAGAGGCCAUUUUGAGCUUUAAAGAUACUAUGGCGUUGCGUACCAGGCUGCACCGUAACGAUAGUCGAGAUUUAUUUGCGCGUCCACGCGAACCGCCGCCUCCACCACCAACACCCACGCCACCACACACCAAUGGUGUCAGUGGUGUUGAUGCAGCAGCAGUAGCCGCAGUAGCAGCUGCUACACAAACGACCUCGACCGCCACAAACGCCAACAGAGCUGGCAAUAACAAGGGCGCAGAUACACUUGCCACAAAAGAUAUGCCAGCCGUCGUUGCACUAAUGGCUUCGGCGUCAUCAACACAAAACUGCCAAACAAACAAUUCGACGCUAUCUCCUGCAGCAGCAACAAGUCAGCGACCGACGGACAAAGCAAAGAAUGUAGCAGCGGCAGCGGGAAAAAAUGCUCGAAUUACCAAAGUCAGCACAAAUGGAUUAGAGGAGCUAAAACAAGAAGAGGGUGCAAAAACUCGAACGCAUCUGGCAUAUGAAAGCCUCGCAGAUAGCGCACAAUGUGGCAUGCAACAAAUGCCAAAACAAAAUAUGCACGAUACAAAAGUGCAACAUCAACAACAGCAAUGUACCCUCAAUGCCUGGGAGACCAAAAUUUGCCCGAUAACAACGCCACAGGGCAAUAGUUUGUUGUCUUCCUCUACCGCUAACAUCACCGCUACCAACAACACUAAUACCUCGUCGCACCAGCGCACUGUCGUACGCGUCGCACCGUUUAACAAAACCAAAACCACUUCGGAAGUACAUCGUCUCAAAAUAAGUCACACCGACAACGAUGAUGCAUUCAGUGCACACCAACUACAGUCACCCAAGUCGCCCCACUACAGUUUUCAAUAUAAUGGCAUGAAUAGUGCAACAUUCGCCGGUGAAGCGGCUGACCUCACUGUGUCUACGGCACAGAAGAAAACUUCAAUUUUAAUUAACGGUGACGACUGCUACUCAACAAUGAAUCUAAGUUGUGAUGAUGCCAGCACACCACUAUAUCAAUCAUCGGUGGUAGUGGCUGACUAUAGUGCAAAAAAGCCAAUUGUAGACUCCACAAUUGGCGAUGCGCACGAUGGUAGCUUCAGUGGGCUCAAAGUGACAACCACAUCAAAUACAGUGACCAUAAAUGUCAGCAGUCCCCGCAGUGCUGCCGAAGAACUUAUCUAUCAGCACAAUAAAAUCAAUGCAAUGCUGAGUCAACAAACUGCAGCCGGAAGCGAAGGAGUUUCCAGUGGUGGGCGAGCCAUUAUACCAAUUAAAGGAUCUGCAGAGGUAAAUCUGCAACGUUCUGCUUCUUCGACCUCUUCCACAUCGACCAGCUCUAUGACCAGCUUGAGUAGCAGUGGUAGUGGCAGUGGCGGUGGCAGUAGUGGUUCAAUACCGAAACGUGGUCGGACUUUGAUUAGGUUGGAUUACGAGAAUGAUAAGUCCACUGUCUUUCAGCAGCAACAACAAGCGAAAUUAUGUUCUGAUAUAGAAAUUUGUGUGAGUGCGCCGGCAGAUAUUACAACUAGCAUGGAAGAAACCGAACUGUUGUCUCAUGAGGAAGAGUUGUUAAAGAUUUUGCGUAAUCCUGUUGAGGCUGUGAAAAGGAAUUUAGUACCGCAUGUUUGUGGUCGAAAUGAAGCAAUAACAGAGCGAGAUACGAUAAGAAAUAGAAAAAUGAAGGAUGUCAGUAAACAGGAGGCGAUCGUGACAGACACCAAACUCACAACCAAUAAAAGUAGCCAGCAUAAAGCCAAGUUCGACGUUGUUACAACUAAGAAAGAGGUUACCGCUACAACUCCUGUCAAAUCUUCCUUCAUAACUAAACUACUUGAGGAUCCAAUGCUUAGUCAAGUUGCUGAUGGCUUAGAAACCGAGACCGUUGCCGAGCUAAUCGAAAACUCUUUGAAGCGUCUUCAAGAAACACGCAAUGCUGUGGAUAUGACUGGUACCAAAGAUAAUGACGACAUGAAUCGUUUAAUCAAUCUUUCACUACAGAAAAUCAAGGAAGAACGGCAAAGUGCAACCACCUCCACAACGCCAACAAUUAACGCGUUAUCCUCUGUAAACAAUACCCACCUUACCGUACCCACCAAAGAUGAAGAUGGACUGUCUAAUCGCGGCAGCAUCAGCUCAGCGAACAGUUUUGCCUCAGCUAAUAACUAUGAGUUGUUCGACUUUGACGCAAAUGAAUCCGAUUGCUACCAGAGCUGUUCCAGCGAAAUCACAUCACCAGGUGAUGAUGACAUCAACUCUGCGAACACACGUUCUAAAUUCUACCAAAUGUUGGUCGACGCUACUCUAGCAGAGAUAGAGAUGUCUACAAACUUGGAGGAGGACAUUGGUAGUCAUCACUAUGAGUCGAUACGCAACAACGGUGAUCCCAUAUAUGAAGAAAUCAACGAUGUGCCGCCACCCUUGCCGCUCAGCGCACCGCCAAUCAAUGACACCGAUAUGGAGAAAAAGGCGGCGCGUUCCAUAUUUGAAGGCGCGUCCAAAUAUGAUAUACUCUCGUACCUUGUAGACGCAAAAGAGCGUGGCGUAGUGCGUGAAGAGACGUUCGACUACCCACUCAGCUAUUCUAAUCCCAUUAUUAUAGAAGAAGAAGCUGGCGACACGCUCAGCGAACUCGGCAAACGUCAAACAAUGCGAGAUUUCAGCUCCCGCGCCUCAGUGAUAAGUGACUCAAGCGAAGAUGCUCAGAGCAUGAUGAGCUCGCUUUCACCACCGACUAACAACUUCAUUUGCGGUAAUAGUAGCAGCCAAACAAGCCUCAUGCAACGUAAUAAAGGCGCAUCCAGCGAUAUUGAACGUAACGACUCCGGUGUGGGCUCGGAGACUAGCAAAAGCUCACGCAACAAAUAUCAAAACCCACUUCCUACUGUCAACGCACAGCUCUCAUUGGAUAGUCCCAUACACUUGUGUGAGGACUGUGAUGGUCCUGUAGAGAUGAAAGUCACCGAUUCGGGUAUUAUGUUUGCGCCACUCGUUUGUCGUAAAUGUGGCAAGAAACGUGUGGAACGCAAAGAGAUUAUAACCGAAAUUGUCGAGACAGAGGAGAAAUAUGGACGGGAUCUGCAAAUUAUAUUGGAGGAGUUUUGUCAUCCCAUGCUAGUGGCCGGUCUACUUACACAGGAUCAGCUCUCUGCAAUCUUCUUGAAUACCGAAGAAUUGCUCGAGAACAAUCAAACUCUGGCGGAGCGUAUGCGCGACGCACUCGACAUUGCUCUCGAGCAAGGCGACGACGAUCUGCUGACCGUGAACAUCGGUAAGAUAUUCCUCGAUUUCACGCAGAUGUUGCACGCCUUCGAGAGCUACUGUGUGCGACAGGCGGGCGCAAGUUUGCUGCUGGCUAAUCUAGAAAAGGAAAAAGAACUUUUACGCAUAUUCUUGAAGGUGUCUCAAAUGGAGAAUGCCGUUUUACGACGCAUGAAUCUCAAUUCUUUCCUGAUGGUACCCGUACAACGUGUAACCAAAUAUCCACUCCUACUCGCACGUCUAUACAAAGUGACGCCUGCUCAUCUCGAAGGACGUGAUCAACUCAAACAGGCCCAAGAGAAAAUCGAAUUGCAUCUAAACCAUAUCAACCAGGAAGCCAAAGAUGUACCGACCAAACUGUGGCGCCGCAUAUCGUCAUCAAGCCCCAAUCGACGUGCUUCUUGCGAAAUCGAUAUGAUUAAUAUAAAACUACGGAAAAUGGCCAUCGACAUUCUGGAAUGGAAUCACGAUGAGGUACGUUUUGCCAUGGAGGGGAAGCUGCUGUACACUCAGCCUACGGAUAGCAAUUGGAAGAAGGCACGCACCAUCAAAUUGACGCCAGUCAAUGCAUUGCUCGUUACAAAUGGCAAGCCGAGUGCCAAUUAUAAGGCAGAAAAAGUUAUGUCAGAUAAACUGAAUUUCUCGAAACAUACCGGCAUACGAGAGGCCUCACUGCUGGUGGUGAAGGAGAAGUGCGGACGUUACACGCUGAUACGUGAGCCAUUGUAUCUGGACAGAUGCGUUGUGUGCAGCGAAGCGGACUGGGAUGAUUAUUUCGAGGUGCAGGAAAUUUCAUCGAAGGACACUUUCAUAUUCAAAGCUGAGGAUGGUGUUCGCACAAAACAAUGGUACACACAGUUGCAAUAUCACGCACAGGGUAUGGGCGCCUGGCGUAAACGACGUAAUGCGCUCGCCAAUAUUAUGAUCAAUGGCAUGUUGGCGCGCACUUAAAAUGCAGCAGAGAAGAAAUGGGAGAGAGGAAUUGGAGUAGAAGUCGAAAUGGCUGGAUUAGCACUAAGUACGAGGAGGACACUUGAAGUGAACGAGGAAAGCCGCACGAUUUUCCAACGAAAAUGUCAAAAGCGAAGUGAACUAUGAACAUAUAAAUGUUUUGCAAAAAUUUAAGCAAAAAAAAAGGAAAAGCAUACAA